AUGAUUUUUGGAUUCCUUUUCGGCCGCUACUCCUCGCGGAAUGACGAGGACAGAGAGAAGGGCAAGCGGCGUCGAAAUGACUCGUGUGCGUCGGACCGCGAUGCGAUUCUUGAGCUUGAGAGGCGGAUGACGCAGGAGGGAAUCCACUUUGCCCGGCAAGUUACCGGAGGCUCGCCGCCGAGGUCGCCCACAUUCCGUGGCAACGGCCGGCUGCGCGACGGGGACAACGUGAGUGUCUCCUCUUACUCGUCUGAUGGCGACCUGGGCACGGUGUAUGGACUCGGAGGGUACAGCCAAUCUAGCCGCGUGCUCCUUUGCAUGGUGGGCCUGCCAGCCCGCGGAAAGUCCUACAUCACCAAGAUGCUCAUGAGAUAUCUGACGUGGAGCGGCUUUCCCGUCAAGUCCUUCAAUGCCGGCAACUUGCGUCGACAAGGAGGCAUGGCCGGCGCUUCGGCCAAGUUCUUCAGCUCCUCGCAGGAGGCCACAAAGCGGCGAGAGGCCAUUGCGGACGCCUGCAUGACGGAGGCGAUCGAGUGGUUGCGUAUGCAUAAGAGCGUAUGUGUCGCCGUGUUCGAUGCGACAAACACCACCAAAAGACGCCGCCAGCGCAUCAUUGACCGAUGUCGGCAAGUCACGGGUAUCACCCCAGUCUUUGUCGAAAGCAUCUGUGACAACAAGGAAAUCCUAGAACGAAACUACGCGCUCAAGUUGGCCAAUGACGACUACAGGAAUAUGGAUCCUCAGAAGGCACGGGCAGACUUCCUUCAACGAGUGAAGGAGUAUGAAACCAGGUACCAGACGGUCUCAGAUCAGGAAGAUGCUGGGGAGAUCUGCUACGUGAAGCUGUUCAACGUCGGCCAGAAGGUGGAGAUGCACCAUUGCUCUGGAUAUCUGAUGAGCCAGAUUGGCUUCUUCCUGUCGAACAUCCACAUCAGCCCACGCUGCAUCUGGCUGACACGCCAUGCAGAAAGUGAGGACCAGCUGUCAGGCAUACUCGGCAGCCACCGUGGCGAGCUGACAAAAAAUGGGCGCAACUACUGCCGAGAGUUGUCAGCAUUCCUGCGCAAGUGCCGGCGGGAGAUGGAGGAGGCUGGACAGGUCGAAACCAGUGGUGACAUUUUGGUGCUGAUGGGCACUGCUCCCGUGCACUACUCCACGCUGCAGUCGAUGAUGAUCAAGGGCUCGAGCCCGAGCUUGUCAUCGGACAUGAACGGCGAGAUGACGCCAGGAGGCGCCGUGCACUGCAAGGGCUUCCAGGCAAUGAGCACAUCCCUUCUCAACGAGCUGGAUGGCGGUGUUUGCAACGGCUUGAGCUAUGCCGAAAUCCAGAACGACUACCCCGAUCUCUGGGCUGCCCGCGAUCGAGACAAGCUCAACUUCCGCUAUCCGAACGGUGAGUCCUACAAGGACGUGAUCGGACGCCUGCGCCCGAUCAUUAUUGAGCUGGAGCGGCAGCGUCGCUCCAUCCUGGUCAUCUCACACUUGGCCGUGCAGCGGUGUUUGUAUGCCUACUUCACCGGAACACCCAUGGAGGAGAUCCCUUUCCUGGAGAUGGACAUGCACACCGUGGCCGAGUUGCGGCCUGGAGCUUUUGACUGUGAGGUGCGCCAAGUGAAGCUUUGGGAGACGAGCCCGGAGUGCCCGACGCCUCUGAAGUAG